GCGGCGCGGAGCCGGGUGGUGGGAAUGAAGCGAGCAGAUUGAGGCCGCCACUGCAGCGCCGCCGCCGGCAUGAACUUGGCCGCGAGCUGAAGCGCCCGGCGGCGGGCGGGCGGGCGCGGGGGCACCGGCCACUAGCCAGGGGGUGAUUUGCAAGCCGGGCCGGGUCAGUCGGCGGGCGCCCGAGGCCAGGCUGCCAGUGCCGGCUGCCGCCCGCCCCUCGGGCAUUGCCCCCGCCGCCGCCAGAUCUCCGCAACACGCCCUGUGUCUAGGUCGUUUGGGAAGCGCCUUGGAGAAUCAAGAAUAAAAUUGCAGGUCAAACAAUGGAUGACUGGAAAAGUCGGCUUAUAAUCAAGAGCAUGCUUCCCAAUUACUCCGUGGUGGGAAAUCGGCAGGAGCCCAGAAAGCUCCAGGAAUCGGGAGCUGCUAAACGGAGACAGGAAGAAGACAGCUACCCAUAUCCAGGCAUGGCAGAAGGGGGUUACCCUACCAAAAGCAAGAGGCCCUGCCUUGAAGAUGUCACUCUUUCAAUGGGCAUGCCGAGAGCCCAUCCCAGCACAUCCUGUACAGAGCUGCAGGCUCCUCCCAUCACCAUGAAUCCUGGCUCAUCAGCCAUGGAAGUUGCUGGCCAUUCACUUCUACUGGAAAACAGUCCUCUGAAUGGCAAUGUCAUGGGCUCACCGUAUGCGGUGGUACCACCCACUGAAAUGAGCCUGAAAGGGGCACCCCCCCACCUGGCUCCUUAUGGUGACAAAGGCAGCAACAACAUGCAGGCCACCGUGGACCAAGAGCUUCAGGAUCUUCUGGAGGAACUGACCAAUAUUCAAGAGCCGAGCUCGGCUGAGCUCGAUUUGGAGAAGAUUCUGGGCAACAAGCCAGAAGAGCCCCUGAUCUUGGAUACCCCCCUGCCUACCACCUCCAAGUCAACAGUUCAGAUGCCACACCUGGAGAGCCUGGGGUCCAGCAAAGAGUUCCCACCAAGCUGCAGCCAGGUCCCUGGCAUGUCACUGCCAAUGCCCACCUCCUCUGCAGGGGUCAGCUAUGGACUGCCCUCAACCAGUAAGCAGAUGGUGUGUCCCAGCACUUCAGUAGCCCAGGCCAAGAAUCAGGCCCAGGCGAGGCCCCCUGUGGCCCUGCCUCAGAUCCCGAUGCCACAGUGGCAUCAUGCUCACCAAUUGAAGGUGCUGGCAGCCAGCAAGCAGGGGUCAGCCACCAAGCAAUCGCAGAGCUCUGCACCCAACUGGUCCAGUCUGCCUCCUCCAGGCCUCUCACCCCCUUACCGCCCAGUGCCAUCGCCACAUCCCCCACCUCCACCACCACCCUUCAGCUCCCAGAACCUCUUGGUAUCGUGCAUGUCAUCAGGCACAAUGCAGGGAAGCAGCAUGCAGGGAAGCAGCAUGCAGGCCUCCCCCAACGCCUUACUCUCCAGCAUGACACCCAGCAGCAGUGCCACUCUGGGCCCUUCUAUGCCCUAUGCUCCUGACAAGCUGCCCAGCCCCUCACUCAGCCAGCAGCAGCCACAAUUCAGCCAGCAGAGCUCCAUCCUCGCCCACCUGGUAUCAUCCACCAUCAAGCAUCCUCAAGGCCACAUGCUGACCGCACUGCCCACCAGCACUACAGGGCCAUCGCCACCCUACUGUCCAGAGAAGCUGGCCAGCCCCGGCUUGCCCCAGCAGUCCUUCACCCCUCAGUGCUCACUGGUUCGAAGCCUGCCACCCAGCACCAACCCACUGAGCCAACAGCAGCAGCAGCUUGCAAAUGCCAUGUUCAAGCCAAUGAGCGCCAGCUCAUCCAAAACCACCCUCAGCAUGAUCAUGCAGCAGGGCCUAGCCAGCGCCAGCCAGGGGGCACCUGAGCCUCUCUCAUUCGGCAACACCAAGCCUCUGUCGCAUUUUGUGUCAGAGCCAGGGCCCUCGAAAAUGCCCACUAUGCCAACCACCCCGCGCCAGGCCAGCCUGCUCCACUACCUGCAGCAGCCCACAUCUAUGCCGUCAUCCUCAGCCACUGCAUCAUCCACCGCCACGGCCACUCUGCAGCUGCAGCAGCACGACCCGUCGACAUUCCUGCUCCAGCAGGUGAUGCAGCAGUCACAGCGCUAUUCGCAGCGGGCCAUGGGCCCUGACACCCUGCCUGCUCUGCCCAGACAGACUCAUAUAGACAAAGCCUGCAAGCUUGGGGAAGCCAGGCCCCCCCAGGUCAGCCUCGGGCGACAGGCCUCAUCCUGCCAAACCCUGGGGAGUGAGUCCUUCCUGCCCGCCAGCUCCUUUGCCCAUGAUCUGGCCCGAGUCACCUCGCACACCAGCUCGCAGGCAGCGCCCUGGGGCGGCUGGGAUCCGAAGGCCUGGAGGCAGCUGCCCGCGCCACUGCUGCCUACCUGCGAAGCCCUAGCACGGGAAGCGGACAUCAGGUCCUAUGGCAAUGACCCCUGAGCAGCAACAGGCAUAUACCGUCCAACAGUUGAGACAAUUUCAAGCCGUCCAAGAACAAGUCAUCUUCAAGCGUAGCCAAAUCAAGGCCACCCCCUUAAGCAGCCAGCAUAUGAUGCCACCCAGGACUGGGCGCCUUCCCAACACUCUGAAACCAG